AUGAUAUCUGAAUCUCUGGAUUACGAUCCGCUGGAUGACUUGACUAAAAUAUUUGGUAGCACAGCAUCGUUGACAGAAAUCGAUAGCGUCUUAAAAUUGACGGAGCAAUACAAAUUGACAUUGGAAAAUGGCCUGCGAGAAAGUUCUUCAAAAGCAAAUGAACCAGAGCAACUACAAGAAGAAUACGAUUUCGAUACGCUAUUUGAGACAAUAGCUAAGACUAAAGAAAUGUCGAACACAACGGAAGCUAAUAUAGCUGAGCUCACACGUGAUAUAUCACAUUUAGAUAACGCUAAAAAGAAUAUAACAAAGUCUAUGACAUGUUUUGAGAAUUUGAAAAUGUUAAGCGAUGCUUAUGUGAGUGCGAAAAAGUGUCUUGAGUCCGAGGAUUACGUCGGUUUAUGUGGACCAUUCAAAGUAAUGCACUCCUUAUCGGUAUCUUUUCAAGAUUACAAGGCCCUCGAUGAAUUCUGCAAGUUCUUAAAUCAAAUUAACCGCUUAGAAAGCGAUACUUUACAGGCUUGUGAAAGGGUAACGAAAGAAGUGUUGAAAGACGGAGAAAACAGCAAAUAUGAUUAUGAUACAAUGAAGUCCGGAGUAUGUUCAAUAGUAGCAGCUGAUGAGCGCUAUAAAGAGAGAAUUGUACAACUCUGUUUAGAUUCUCUGCUCUACGAAAUUAAAGAAAUAUUCCAAGUAGACGACGAAGCCGGUUCAUUGGAGAACUUGUCUCGUAGAUACAUUUUUUUCAAAAAGGUUUUGAACAACUUCCAAUCCAACACUAGUAAUUAUUUCCCUGCCGAUUGGGAAAUCCCAUUAAGAUUAACAGACUCAUUCUUCUCGAUGACGUCAAACGAUUUGAAAAUACUACUAAAAAGAGAUCUAUCUGACAAUACAUCUAUUGACUUGUUUAUGCAGGCAUUGCAAACAACAUUAGAAUUUGAAAAAUAUAUCUCUGUUAAGUUCUCUCAUAAGUAUGAAGGAAAGAUAUCGACAUGCUUUGAACCCUACCUCAAGUUCUGGGUUAGACAUCAAGACACUACAUUGAAUGCUAAAAUUCUCACUUACCUUAAUGAACAAAAGUUACCCGCUGAAAAUGAAUCUCUUGUCGUGCCUUCAAGCGCAGACUUGUUUAGGACCUACCGGAGUAUUCUUUCGCAAACAUUUAGUUUGAUUGAAGGUGGUAAUAAAUCCAGUAUUAUGAUAGAGUUAGCCCAGUUCUUCGUCAAGUGGCUGAACGAGUAUCAUCAAAAAAUUUUAAACCCAUUAUUAUUACCAGACAAUACGGCAAUCAGUGAUAGAGAUGAGGUUUUGAAGUAUACUGUAUUAUUAAUAAAUACAGCAGAUUAUUGCGCCAUAACCAUCGAUCAGUUACAAGAAAAGUUAUCAGAAUAUCUGGAAGGUGAUGAUGAUAAUAUUGAUAAAGUCGUCAAGAUUUUUGAUCCAAUCAAACAAAAAUACAUGAACCUAGUAGCAGGUGGGAUCAAUUUAUUGCUAAACAGAAUAAUUAACAAGGAAUUCGAAUUUGUGUGGAGAGAAUUCGUAAAUACUAAUUGGUCAAACACUAUGGUUGAAGACUACAGUAGAUAUGUGACAACUUUGCAAAACAUUUUACAACCAGAUGACAUAAACAACUCUACUCUCUACAAAAUUUUAAGUCAAUUUAAUAGGGAUGUUUACUCAUGGAACUUUUUGGAUAGAACCAUUGACUCUAUUACAAUUUCUUUUGAAGCACAAAUAAUAAAGCUUUUAAAACCAUCACUUCCCUAUUGUACCUUAAAUUCAAAAAGGCAGUUCGAAGUUAAGCAAGUAAUCAACAUAUCAGAACAGUUACUACUUGAUGUUGAAUUGUUAAGAAAAGUGUUAAGAUCUCUUCCUGAAAAUCUACCUCAUAGUGAUAUAUCUGCAAAAAGAAUAACGACCCAUAUUGAUUCCAACAUGGAUAAACUGACCCAAUUUUUGAAGCUUCUCGUAUCUCCAUUAGAUCCUGAUACGACAUAUUUAGAGACUUACCAUGCGAUUACGAAGAGUAAGAAUACUGAUCCGAACUUUUGGUCCUUCAUUUUGGCAUUAAAGGGUAUCCCAUGGGAUUUGGCCCUUUGGAAACGAAUUUGGUCCGAAUUCCAACAAUCUCAUGAUGAGAACACUCCUUUAAGCUCUAGUGAAAUCAUUUUUAAUGUUAGAGAGUUACAGAACUUCAUUCAUAACUUAUCGAGGGUUGUGGAACCUACAUGGAAGAAUUUUAUUACCAACGAACUAAAAAUAUAUGAAGUGCCUCGUCCUGGAUUUUCCACUAAUAAACAAAUUGUCAGAAACACACCGAGUAGAAGCUCAUCACCAAAGGUACCCGCACAUAAAUUGAAUGAUAUCAAGCAACUUGUCUCAAAUUCUAGCUUUUUCUUUAAGAAGGGUUGA